UCUACCUCCAUGGUUCAUGUGCCAUUGUCCUAUCCACCAACCUCUCUCCUCUCCUCUCCUCUCCUCUCCUCUCUUCUCCCAUCACCUUCAAACAAUCAAACCCAUUUCCAUGUGAUCUUGUUCUUAAUUUAGCAGAGCAGUAUCCCCAUCUCAUCUCUCUUCCUUGAUGAUUCAUUCAAACUAGCUAACCCUACUCAGUUGCUUGAUUGCUAAUUAUUCUGGUUCUUGAAAUGGACAGAAAUAAUUCAAUCCCACAAGGCCUGACUCCAGAUGAAUAUUCAGAGCUAAAACCCAUAAUUAAUGCCUACCACAUGUUCGACAAAAUGCCAAACACAUGCACCUCACUGAUCACGCAGCGCAUCGACGCCCCCGCCCACGUGGUGUGGCCCUUGAUACGCCGCUUUGACAACCCACAAAGCUACAAGCAUUUCAUCAAGAGCUGUAACAUGAUUGGUGAUGGCGGUGUUGGGAGUAUCCGAGAAGUCACCGUCAUCUCAGGCCUUCCGGCGUCCACCAGCACAGAAAGGCUCGAGCUUUUGGACGAUGAGAAACACAUCUUGAGUUUUCGUGUUGUGGGUGGAGAACACCGAUUGAAUAACUAUCUUUCUGUUACUUCUGUCAAUGAGUUCAACAAAGAUGGAAAGGUUUACACCAUUGUUUUGGAAUCUUACAUUGUUGAUAUACCAGAAGGGAACACGGUGGAGGAUACGAAGAUGUUUACAGAUACUGUCGUAAAAUUGAAUCUUCAGAAAUUGAGUGUGGUGGCCAUGUCUUCUCUGCAUGGUAGCGAAUGAAUGAGUUAAUGACAAUCAUUACGCCGGCCGGCGAUGGGCGGCACAACUGGUGGUGCUGCUGGUGGUGGACCAGGUAUGAUGACUUCUACUUCUACCACCAAAAGUCAAAGAUUCUGAUAGGGUGGUGUUGAAGCUUUAAUUAGUAAAUCUUUUUUUUUUUUUUUCUUGAUUUCUUUCUUUCUUUGUUGAAUCAAAUAAAUUUGGGGGUUAGUUUUAGUAUUCGAUUAUUCACAAAUAGUUCUUUGAUUUCAUUGUCAACAGUUGCAAUGAUAUCGACUUUCGCAAAUCAAAUUGUAUAAUUUUAUUGGUAGUUGUAAUUAAUUAAAGAUUCCAAAUAGAGUUAAAGUGUUGUUAUCAA